AGAGACUCAGUCAUACUGAACUGCAGGGGCAGAGGAGCGGAGGAGACGCGCCGUCCGGCUGCAGCGAUCUCUACUCAAAGGGAAAAUACGGAUUUAAAGUUGGCGGGUUGUCUAUUUGAUUCCUGAAUUUGACGUGGGACAAGUUCGGCUCCCCCGUGGGAUAGUUUUACUGCAUAUUGCUGGCUUUUGCUUGUGUUAAACUUGAGUUUUUUUCUGUACGCGUCUGUCCGUGGAUAUGGACAGGAGAAAGCCCGCUGCAGGGGAAGAAGACACGCCGGUGGAAACCUUCGUCUGAGUGGGGAUUUGAUGAAGCCCUAUCUGCCUUCUUGUGCUUGUUUUUUCACAUACUUGGAUUUAGAGACGCGGAACCCUUUGAGUCGUAUUUCUCUCCAGACGCUCGGUUUCAACGACAACGCGAUUCUUGAAACAUGGAAACAGUAGCGCGACAGAGUUUCCAGCCUCACCCGGGACUGCAACAAACUCUCAAACAGUUUCACCUGAGCUCCAUGAGCUCUCUCGGAGGACCGGCCGCUUUCUCGGCCAGAUGGCAACACGACCUGCUCUUCAAAAAAGACGGCAAAGACGUCCCGGAGCCUGUGCUGCACCUCCCCCCCAUGCAGCCUCCUCCCGUGAUGCCCGGGCCGCUCUUCAUCCCGUCCGACCGCUCCACCGAGAGGUGCGAGACGGUCCUGGAGGGCGAGACUAUCUCGUGCUUCGUAGUGGGCGGCGAGAAGCGCCUGUGCCUGCCGCAGAUCCUUAACACGGUGCUGCGGGAUUUCUCGCUCCAGCAGAUCAACUCGGUGUGCGAUGACCUGCACAUCUACUGCUCGCGCUGCACCGCCGACCAGCUGGAGAUCCUGAAGGUGAUGGGCAUCCUGCCGUUCUCCGCGCCCUCCUGCGGACUCAUCACCAAGACAGACUCGGAGCGCCUGUGCAACGCGCUCAUCUACGGGGGGACGUACCCGCCGCACUCCAAGAAGGAGCUGUACGGCUCCAUCGAGCUGGAACUCACCGAGAAGAGCUUCAAGAUCUAUCACGAGUGCUUCGGGAAGUGUAAGGGGCUGCUGGUCCCGGAGCUCUACACGAGUCCCAACGCUCCCUGCAUCCAGUGCAUGGACUGCAGACUUAUGUACCCGACCCAGAAAUUCGUGGUUCACAGUCACAAAUCGCUGGAGAACAGGACUUGCCAUUGGGGCUUUGACUCGGCCAACUGGAGGGCGUAUGUCCUCCUGAGUCCGGAUUACACGGGGAAAGAGGAGAAAGCGCGUCUGGAGCAGCUCCUGGAUGACAUGAAGGAGAAAUUUGACUUCGCCAAUAAAUACAAGCGGAAAGCAUCACGGGCGUCUGAUCCCAUUCCUGCCAAGAAGUCUAAACAUGAUGACUUUCCAGCACAGUCGCCCUCAGGAGACAAAGACAAGCAACCUGAUUGGCUACGAUCCCUCUCUGCAUCAGCCAAUAAGGGGCUCAACUGCAUCCAGCCCAGACAGAGACCGUCUGCCUUCAGGCCAUGGUCUCCAAACAUCUCUGUUGGCGAUAAGGAGGGAGGCAGCAGACCUACUAGCAUGUUACGCGACAGCUUCUACAACUACAAGAGCCUGGAGAGCGCCGUGGCCCCCAACGUAGCUCUGACACCCCUCCAGAAAGGAGGGCAAGCCUCACCUACCGCACCCAGCAGCUCACACCCACAUGGGGGGGAAAGCGAAGGUGCCAGCAGGGGGAGGAAGAGAAGGUUGACAUGUGAGACCCACCCUAGCCCACAGCCCUGCCCCUCGGCCACUGCCAGCAAACCCCUGCCACCCUCUCAGGAGGAGCGAGACUCAGAUGUGGAGGUGGAAGUGGAGAGCCGUGAGGAAUUCAACUCAUCGCUUUCCUCACUCUCCUCCCCAUCUUUUACAUCCUCGAGCUCUGCUAAGGACUUGAGUUCUCCCUCUGGCCCCGGAGCCACCUUACCAGCAGUUCUGACGCCAGCCGGCGGGCCCCCAGAAGGUCCUCUGGUGUCUGGGGGGGAGGGACAUGCCAUGACGAACCUGGAGUCAGAGCUGGAGACUCUGAGGCAGGCUCUUGACAAUGGCCUGGACUCAAAAGAGUCGAAGGAAAAGUUUCUACACGAGAUAGUAAAGAUGAGGGUAAAACAGGAAGAGAAGCUGGGAUCUGCCUUACAGGCCAAACGGAACCUCCAGCAGGAGUUGGAGUUUCUCCGUGUUGCUAAGAAGGAGAAGCUCCGCGAAGCAACCGAGGCGAAGAGGAACCUGCGCAAGGAAAUUGAGCGUCUGCGUGCUGAAAGCGAGAGGAAAAUGAGAGAGGCCAACGAGUCACGCAUUCGGCUAAAGAGAGAGCUGGAGCAGGCCAGACAGCUACGAGUGUGUGACAAGGGCUGUGAGGCCGGCCGUCUGCGAGCCAAGUACUCCGCACAGAUUGAAGACCUGCAAGUAAAGUUGCAGCACGCCGAGGCAGACCGAGAGCAGCUGAGAGCCGAUCUGAUGCAAGAGCGGGAUGCAAGGGAGCACCUGGAGAGAGUGGUCAAGGAGCUACAGGAACAGCUGUGGCCCAAAAGCCCCAGCAAGAAUGGCACAGAUGCACCAUCCCCACCCGCCAAAGACUCCAACUAAUCCUCUAUUUCUUGACUCCGCCCAAUCACACAUCAACACCGUCCUGAUUGACAGCACCAACCGCCCAAUCAUGUCAACUAGCACGCGGGUGAACUCCCACCCACCUGCCUCUUAGCCAGCGCAAAUCCGGAGGUAUCCUGAACAGUUUUUGAUGAAAUUUAGAGACAUUUUUGAAAAAGGUUUACUUUGAGAGCACUGAAAUGCACCUCGCCUCCAACCAGAUGUAAAAAAGAAGAGAAAAAAAUGCAAGUCCAUUCGGAAAGAAGCCGAUAGCACAACAGCUAACUGUGCCUGAAACUGAACACAUUUUGAAACUAAGACUUUUCUACGACAAAACAAUUGGUAAUAAUGAUGAAAAAUUUUACACAGCAAUUUUUAAGCAUGCUGUCCGGUCCACGUUGUUAUUGAAGAGACAAGGACUCAUCAUCAUCCCAUCAGAAAUUCCUGUCAUUUCCUAUCUCGUUUUAAGGAACUAAGACGAAAAUCACUUUGUAAUAAGCUAUUUAAGAGACUUGUUAGUGAGCGUGUAUGAGAUAAAAACUUCAGUGACUUAUCAAAGCCUCAGAUUUACCCCCUUUUACUUGUACAUACAUGUUAUGCUAGUUAAAAGAAGCCAUGGAGACAAAUGGUUACACACACUUGUAUCUUUAACAAUGGGAAAGAGAUACUGGUCAGGAGAGCGUUGAAGGGCUUUGGAGAGCUAGAGGUGGAGAAGUUCAGCGCUGUUGAAAGGGAGAGAUAUUUGUAUUCAAGUAAGUGUUAUGAUCAAGCCAGAGCACUUUCUUUUAAUGGCAAACAAAUGCUCCCCUCGCAAGCUGUGGUGUGAAACGCCACGAGUGCGUUUGAGGGUCAAAACCUUAAGAUCGUGGUCAGUGUGGUAUCGGGGGUUUGUGGCUCCUACGGUCUGCGAGGGUUUGGAUUUCUUCUCAUCACACACGCGUACAGAGCUUCUCCGUGGGCUGAGAUGCUGACAACCGGCCCGGCUCACGAACGUGGGCGGCCGUUUUUGAGAAUAAACGAAAAGCAUAAAAAAUGCAUCUUCUAGGGCAGGAGGUGGCAUGUGAUCAAGAACCACAAAUUGUUCUUUUUAAGUAAAUUAUAAUAUGUAAAUAUAAAAAUGUUUCUUUUUUCUUUAAGCUUUGUUUUUUUACUUUACAAUAAUGAAUCGCACUUUGUCAUUACAAAAUACUGUUUAAAUGCAUUACGCUCCCACACAUUUAUCUCAGAGAGUUUUUAGUAUUCCUAAAUAUAAAAUUUAAAUAAACAUUUUGUUAAUUAUAUGCCGUUUUAAUAAAUGCAAUGUAAUUAUGUGUUUAAGACAAAAUAUUGUAUAUAAAACCGCAAGAAUGAGAAGAAAAAAAAAGGUUCUACAUGCUUGCUUGCUGAAGUGUGAACGGCUCAAACAUCCAUUCCCUCAAUCGAACUUUAAUUCAACAUUUAUCAUAGUUAUCUAUAUAUGAUUAUAAUCGUUGCUAAAGUGUUACUGUUACUGUCCUGAAUUCCUACAGGUUUUGAACAGUUCCCAAUCAGAUUUAAAACCGUUUGGAAUGAAAAGGGCACACAAACUGUCAUGCAUUGGUAAAAGGGAGUCUAAAAAUCAAUGCAGGUGCUCCUCUCGGCUGUGAGCAAGAGUGUAUUACAGUGUACAAAAGGAGAAGAGGAUGGCUGACGAACGAAAGAACGUCUAGAUGGUUUAAUAAAUACAUCUUUAAAUGCUCACACAAUUAGCUGAAAAAGAUUUUGUUGAAAAUACAUAUAUUUUAUAAGUGAUUUAUAUACAUUGGGUACAAUGCAAUCAGAAUGUAUGUUACGUUUUGGCUCUUUUCAUUUUGUUGUUGUUGUUAUAGCGGAUGUUUUUUCAGAUUAUGUGAAUAUUUUAUUGCUUAUGUUCCUUCUUUUAAUAGCAAGCUUAUGUCAUUUCUUUAAUAUGCAUGGAAUUUAAAAGAAAAAGAUAAAAGUCUGCCAUUCGUAUAUUCAUUAUGGGGCAUUAAAACUAUAUGUAAGUUGUUUUAUUGUUAUGCAAUAUAAAGCAAUUUUAAUCUUGUUUUUAACUACAAAGGAAAACAAAACCUCUUAACAAUAUAUUUCAGCUCCUAACAAUCAUAAACGCAACAUUAACGGCAUUACUCUUGGGCUAAAUACAAAUCUUAUGUGCAUAUGCAAUGCUGGAGACCCUCAAGUGCCUGUGUUUGGGCCCUUGGGGUUCCAGAAGAGGAACAAUUAUUGAGCCCGUUUCCACGGUGGCCGACUGUAAGGUGCAUUGAACUGCUCCAGACAGCGGUCAGAUGGUGAGAGCGGGACGUCCCAUUUGCACUGUCAUUUGGGGGAGCCUCUUUGGCUCGCCCCAUUUUGCCAGAAUGAACUUGACUAUCAUUGCUUAAGAGCAAGCCACAGCUUAUUUGAUAGGGUUUAAUGCCAGUCUUUCAGUAUUCCUUUGUUUGUUUUUUGUUUUCUAUAAUUAAAUACAGGAAAAAUGCAUAGCAGAGUUUAAUGCUCCAAUUGCCACCGUUAAAGAAAAAAUUUAAAUCUUAUACUAAGAUAGCUUUUAAAUGUACAUCGGAAAUAAAUAAACUCUUUUCUUUCUUCUUUUUUUAAGGAUUCAAACAUAUAUUUAAGAGGUUACUUUUGCUAUAAAUGUAAAAAGAGCCUUUGAAAUGAUAUGAUAUGCUCUGACCUGACCAUUGCAGGCUACAGCGAAGAUACUAAACGGGGGUCUAUAGGAAGCUCAGUGUCUUAACAGUAGCAAGGGGCUGUGCGUUUUUACAGACCAAAAAAUAAAAAGAAAUAAUAAUAUUUCCGAUGAGUUUUGUAGUUGUUUUUACACGCAAAUUGAUAUGUGUAGUUGACUUUGUUUGC